AUGUCCAGUCCACCGAGGAGGUGUGCUCUGCCCUGGGCCAUGUUCCUGCUCUUUGUAGGUUCCCAGCUCCUAGUGGCUCCCAGCUCGACUUCUCAAGAAUCAAGGAGUGAUAACCAAAAAGUCAUGGAUAGCUAUCUCCCUGCCACUGUGGAGUAUGCCUUACACACAUUCAACAUGAGGAACAAGGACAGGAAUGCCUACAGGCUGGUGCGCAUCCUGAAAUCCUGGAUGGAGCAGGCAGAAAACAUGAUAGCUUUCUCCAUGGAGUUGGAGCUUCGCAGGACCAAGUGUGGCAAAUUUGAGGAUGACAUUGACAACUGCCCCUUUCAAGAAAGCUCAGAGCCGAACAAUACCUUCACCUGCUUCUUCACCGUCAGCACCGAGCCCUGGAGGACGCUGUUCCAGCUCCUAAACAAGAAGUGCCGUAAGGGGGUCACCAAGUGA